AUGACGGACGGAUGGACGUACACGCUGACCGGGUUCGGCGAGUUCCUCGAGAUGCGUCGCGUCUCGUUCGCCGAGCCGAUGCCGGCCGCCCGCCUCUGCGGCGUCUGCGUCCAGCUGCCUUGCCGCACCGUGCAGCUGCCGUGCGGCCACGUCUUCUGCGAGUCGUGCAAGGCCCAGAUCGCGCCAGAAGACUGCUGCCCCUUCGACGGGGAGAAGUUCGCCGACUCCGACGUUCGCUCGAUGACCAACCAGCUAAGCUACCUCGAGGAACACCGCAUUGUGUGUGGGGCGGACUCCCGGGUGUGCGGCUUCUCCGGCAAAUUGUCCGAGCUCAGAGAUCACCUGCCUCGAUGCGGUGGCGGAGAGACCAAGUGCCGCAAGUGCCAGCGACCCGUGCUUCGCAGCCGCGCGGUGGGUCACUAUCGGAGUUGCGCCGGUGCUUCUAACACCGUGACCGGUGCGCUGGUUGCGGCGAAUGCCGAAGCUGCCGACAAGCAACUCGGAGAUGCUGCCAAGAUGGACGUCGAAACUCCGCGGCAGCUGAUGCUGAGCAAGGGCGUCGACCUGGAAGCCGUGUUCAGCUGCUUCACCAACGUUUUGGCAAAAAAGAUGGGCAGUCUCGAACAUCAGUUGCUUGAAGUGCAGAAAAUAGCCAGCAGUGGCCAACAGUCCUCGCUUGCUUCAGCGAAGCCGGCGACGGUAAUUCAGGGACCGUACCGCGCUGCUUCCAGGGCCGGCGUUCUGAUCACCACGUGCAAGUUCGGCAACGUUUACGCCAGACUAGACUCCCUCGACGAGAAAAAAAAGCAACUCAGGAAAUCAACCGAUACGUAUUCGCUAGGAGGUUACACCUUCAAGCUCGACUGCGAGUUUUCCAAAGACGAGAACGAGGUGAACGUGCGUUUUAUUCUUUUUUUGCGGAGCGGUGAAUGGGAUAGUUACGUGGAGUGGCCUUUCAAAAAGAAGGUGACCCUAGUAAUCAUGCACCCCAGGAAUGCGGCAAAGGACGUCCGUUUGCCGGUAACCAUGGACGAUCACAACAUGGUGAAGAAACCUCAAGCCGACGCUUGGAACUGGGGCCGUUGGACGGAUCCAAUGAAGUGGAAGGACUUAGAACUACAGGGGUAUGUCGAGAAGGAGGCCCUCUAUGUCAACGUCGAGUUUGCGGACACGUGUUAG